AUGAUGAGGGCGUUCACAACCGCCUUGCUGGCCGUCAUUGCGGCAGUUACAUCUGCUGCACCUGUAGAAGAACGAGAUCUUGUCUUCGAUUAUAUCGUCGUGGGCUCUGGAGCAGGAGGAGGCCCUUUGGCCAGCAGGCUCGCUCGCGCCAACAACACCGUUCUUCUCAUCGAGUCGGGAGACGACCAAGGCCAGAACUACAACUAUUCGAUCCCGGGCUUCCAAGCAUCAGUAACACAGGACAAGCAGAUCGCCUGGGAUAUCUUCGUCAACCACUACCAAGACCAGAGCCGAGCGCAGAGAGACCCCAAAUAUGUCCCCGGAAAGGGCAUCCUCUACCCUCGUGCUGGCACCUUGGGCGGCUGUGUCUCUCACAAUGCACUUAUCUGGAUUACACCACAUGCUAGCGAUUGGGACAACAUCGCAUCGAUUACAGGAGACUCGUCAUGGUCGUCUUCCAAUAUGCAGCAGUAUUUGAACAAGGUUUACGAGUGGCAGCCAACAGGGCCUACAGACCCUGCUAUUCUUCUUAAAGACAAUAUGCUCGUCCAGCAUCUUGCUGGAGGUGCUGCUGUUAUGGGUCUUGGCCCGGAUCCACUUGCUGCGGUGACGGGGCUGGGGCAGACAUUGCUUGUUGAUCCAAAUAACACUCCCGGUCGAGACUCACUUGAGGGCUUCUAUCAGAUUCCUCUUAUUCAGAGAGGCGGUACCCGAGUCAGUGUACGAGACUUCAUCGUCGACACCGUCAACAACGGCAGUCCAUUGACCGUCCGUACCAACGCUCAUGUCACGAAGAUCAACUUCGACACAACCGGUGCUACACCAAAAGCCAUCGGUGUCGAUUUCCUAGACGGACCACAUCUCUACCGAGCCAGCCCUCUCAGCGGUGCUGCUGGCACUCCCAACACGGCUCGAGCUCGAAAAGAAGUCAUCAUCGCAGGCGGUAGCUACAACACCGUCCAGACUCUCAAGCUCUCCGGAAUUGGUCCCCAGGCUGAACUACAGAGCUUCGGCAUCAACGUUAUCAAGGACGCCCCAGGCCUGGGAAACAACAUGCAAGAUCGCUACGAAAUCCCCGUGAACGCACUUCAUCCCAACGAUUUCGCAAUCCUGGACGGCUGCACCUUCGACGCAAAGCCACACGACAAGUGCUUCACGCAAUGGCAGAACAACCCCAGCGUCCUCGGCCUUCGAGGAGCCUACGGAUCCGACGGCCUCGCUGCCGCCAUGGCCGUUAACUCAGACUAUGCAGACAAUUCUGACAUCGACCUCUUCAUCUUCGGCGGCCCCGUAAACUUCACAGGCUACUUUCCCCGUUGGGGAGACGCCGCAGUCGCCAGCCACAAAGUCUUCAGUUGGUACACCCUGAAAGCCCACACCCGCAACACAGCCGGAACCGUCGAACUCCGCUCCACCGAACCCCUCGACACGCCCGUCAUCAACUUCAACUACUUCGACACCGGCACCACGGCCAACGACGCCGACGUAAAGGACGUCAAAGCCCUCGUCCAAGCGAUCAAAAUGUCCCGUGAGGCGAAUCAGCGCUACUACAACUAUCCCUUGGCUGGCACCAACUGGACUGAGCAACGCCCCGGAGCCGACGUCACGUCCGAUGCGGACCUCGAGCAGUUCGUUAAGGACCAGGCGUGGGGUCAUCAUGCUUGCUGUACGGCGAAGAUUGGUUCUACGAGCGAUCCAAGUGCGGUGCUUGAUUCUGAGUUCCGGGUGAUUGGGGUGGAUGGUUUGAGGGUUGUAGACGCCUCUGUCUUUCCCCGUAUACCAGGUGUAUUCAUUCAAUCUGCCAUAUUCAUGGUCAGUGAGAAGGCUGCUGAUGUUAUCUUGAAUGGUUGA